UGGUAAAGAAAAGAAGAAACGAAUUGUUGAUGGUUAACUAAAUUUUAAUUUCUUAUUCGAUCUCGGUUUAACCGAACCGAAUCGUAAACCCAGAAACAGAAGCUGCGACGGAGAAUCCAUUUCUCGAGAUCGUCGCCGUUAAAAUCUGCGAUCUCAUUGCUCAUUGGUGAAGACAAAUCCCUAAUUCGUAUGUCAGAUUCUGUGGCCGGCGAUUUCCCUCCCGAUCCACUUCUCGCCUCCGGAGCCUUCAUCUCCUCCGCCGGUGACGGAACCCUAGACAGUAGUGCGAAACGACGACCGAUUCAGGGAGGAAUCGGAAUUUCUGGUUCGGGAGAGAGCGUACGCAUCGGGAUGGCUAACGGCACUGAUCAGGUGAAUCAUCAGACGGAAUCGAAGUCGCGGAAGCGUGCGGCGCCUGGAGAUAAUUGGUUGCCUCCUGGUUGGAGAGUUGAAGAUAAGAUUCGAACUUCCGGUGCCACAGCUGGUUCGGUGGAUAAGUACUAUUACGAACCAAAUACAGGACGUAAGUUUCGGUCCAGGACUGAGGUGCUGUACUACUUGGAACAUGGAACUUCUAAAAGAGGCACCAAGAAAGCUGAGAAUACAUAUUUCAAUCCAGACCAUUUUGAAGGCCAAGGAAGCAAUAGAGUCACCAGAACCGCUACAGUGCCUCCACCUCCGCCACCGCCAUUGGACUUUGAUUUUAAGAAUCCACCAGACAAGGUAAGCUGGUCUAUGGCAAACGCAGGAGAAGAAGGUUGGAUACCUAAUAUUGGGGACGUCAAGGUUCAAGACUCAGUGAGACGAGAUUGGAGCACUGCGUUUACCUUUAUCACAAGCCGAAACCCUAGUAAAGUGUCGGCUUGAAGACUAUGAUGACCUGGUGGCGAUUUUUGGGUUGUUGCAUCUAUGGUAAGAUACACAGAUAUGUUAGGGUUACUUAAUUGGAUAAUUCUUGUUUAGUCUUCAUUCAUCAAUCAUCAAGUUAUGUGUACUAUAAUUUUUGUAGCGGUUUUUGGAAGAAUAUGAUAAGGGGAUAUGCAUCUUUGUGUUUGCUUUUGGAACGUGAUAACCAUUCGACUUUUGACU